AAUAUUUCAAAUUCAUUUAUGUUUUGGAGAACAUUUUGCUUGGUAUCUAUUGAUAGCAUUUAGCAAAAAAAGAAACCUGAACCUAUCACUGUUCCCAAUGACAAAGAUGGUCGCCAAUCUCCAGUUCAACCUCCACCAACCCCUGAACCCUUGACACCAAAAGAUGACCUCAGCAAAGACGAAGACCUCCUAAAAUCGCUUCGUGAGGCUGAGGAGGAAGAAAAACGAAAGAGGGCAAUCAACAAAAAGGAGAAAAAACCUAUUCACAGGACUAGGAAAACUAAAGAGGAAAUGGAAGAGAAAGUGGAACCUCCCAAACCAGUUACUCCUCCUCCUCAAACUCCUCCUAUUGAGGACACGAAAAAUAAAGAUAUCAAAGUUGAUUUAGAAGUUCCCACACUACCAAGUUUUGAAGAAAAGAAGAAAGACAAAAAGGAAAAACGCAAAGCUGAGCGCCAUUUAGUGUCACAACCCAAGCAUGAGACUCCCCCGCCCAAAGAUCCAGAGCAUCCAAGAGUAAGAACUCCUCUUGAGUUACCCACAGAGGAUGAACUAGAGCAGGGGGAUGAUUUAGAUGACCAGCUUAAACAGAGACUAAAGAAUUUUGAUUUUGCCAUGAUGGAAAUGACUGGUGAUGACUCACCAAGGAAAAAUGUCCAAAAAACCUCUUGGGUGACGGGUAGAUUAGCUCUCUCCCAACAAUCUAGUAGAUUUACGUUACCAAUAGAUAUGGCUAGACUGGAGCAAAUGACUCCAUUAGAAUAUGUGAAAAAUUUCUGCAUCAUCAAAAGACGACGGAAGAAACUCUACCAGGACAUCUAUAUGAAACACAGAGACAAAACUGCUGGCGCAAUACCAUAUAAGGAUUUAGAGAAGGCCAUGACCCAAGUUUUAGUUAACACUAUAACAUCAGAGGAUUACAAGAAAAUAGUUGAUCUAUUGGACAUCACAGAAACAACUAAAGUAGACCUAGAUGCUUUUUCAGCAAUGACUGCCCUAGCUGAGAGACUUAUGUGUUCCACUCAUGUUUCCCAAGAACAGGUGGACCAACCUGAUUAUCAGAAGGAGAAGAUUGAGUGUGCUGACUUCAGUGCUCUAAAAUGGAAGUUAACAGGAGUCCAAGUGAAUCCCAAAAUUGAGAAGAUUCUUACAGAACUCAAUUGAUUAAACUGGUCCCCAACUACUACAGUGUAAACUGGUAUGUAGUGCUUCAGAAUAGUGACUGAAACAUGCCAUAUGUCAUGUGAUGGUGAAUGAAUAUAGUCUUGACAUCAGUGAUUGUAAAUUUCUUAUUUCGUGGAGCAGGUCUCGAUGAUUCUCCUUUUUAUAGAAAUUUAGUUUUAGAAUUAUUAGAAGCAUUCUGUGAUGGUUAUAGAUGGACAUUGACUUAAGUAGCAACAUUUACUGCAAUACACAGAAAAAGGAAAAAGAUCUGACUGUAAUUAUCACAAUACUCAUUAUUUUUAUAGCAAUCAUAUACAUGUAUGAGAAAAAUUUUCUGCAAUAGCAGCAAUAUUAAUUUUACUUUACAAUUGAACAAACUUGAUCCAUGUAAGAAAUCAAGGAGUGCAGAAAUUGUACUUGCAGUUAUUUAUUUAUUAUGUACACAAUGCAAUUUCAGAGGGGGAAAAAGUAGAAUAAAUUACAGUACCUUA